AUGCAUCGCCUCUCUCCCCGAGAGAGCGCAAAACCCGAAUCCAGAUACCCCGUCGAUCGCGCCCGAGCUCCUGCAUCUAUAUCACCCCUCGUCUGCUAUCAACCCUCUCUCGCUCCCCCGCUGCGACACUCCCAGAGUCCGCUCAAAUACCCCGCUCGCGCUCACGAGACCCACCCUCGGCGAGGAGGCAGGCCCCCCAGAUUCCCUCUCUACCCAGAUCCUGCCGCUCGCGCCCACUCUUUUCUCUCCCACGUGGCAUCUAUCUCCCCCACCGCUACGCUGACCCGAACUUUUUCCCGUGUACCCCGACUACUCAUCUCCUCCCCCGUCCGACUAUACCCCUCUUCGCGUACCCUAUCCAUAGAUCCCCAACCUCUAUUCUCUACCAGAGGACUGCGUCUGACUCACCAAUGCUCGCACCCUUCGCGUUGCUCUCCCCGCUUGUCUCGCUGCCCCGAGAUAAUUCGCGUCCCGACGCUCUCCGACGUCUGUCUUCCCGCCUAUCGCCCCAUCUCUCUCCUCCGCCUGACUCUGCUCCCCUCGCUGUCUUCUCCCCAGAUAGCCUCUUUCCUCUCUCCCCUCUCUGUCUCUCCCCUUGCUCUGACUCUCGCCCUUCACGCUCUUCGCUCCCCACUCGCUCGUGCCCCAGCUGCCACCGCGUCUCUGCCCCCCGAACGCGUCGUCUCCUCGCCCACUAGCCGCUCUCUCCCCUCUCGCUCGGCCCCCAAGUCGCUCGCCGCGUCGUCUCCACGCUCUAUUCUCCUGCGGCCCUCCCGUCUCUCUCCCACACGUCUCCCGCUCUGCAAAUCCCCCAUUCUCGUGAGCGGCUCGUCACACCCCGUCCACUCUAUAUCCCCGCCAGAAGGUGCUCCCGCCUCUCUUCCGCCCCUCAUCCGCGGCCCCAGCAUACUCAUGUCCUCACCCACUCGCUCUGCUGCCCUACCAUCGACUUACUCGCGCCCCCGCGCUAUCUCCCAUUUCCUCAGCCGGUCGCUGCCUCUCUCCCCCCACCGGAUCUCUUCUUCCGAGACGGGCAUCGCUCCUUCGACGUCUCCCUACUCUCCCUCCUCCCGACUGCUCGCCUUCCAUCUCUUCUCCCCGCCGGGCUCUGCUCUCACCCCCCAACACCGCUUCUAUUCUUGUUGCCUGUCGUUUAUUGGUUUCUGUCAUGUUUUGAUUGCCUCUCCGGCUUUGACUCAGUUGGCGGGGGCUAAAAAUCCCGAGGACUCCGCUCGCUCCGUGUAA